AUGUCCUAUCCGUCAACAGUCCAAGCCAUCGCGAUCUCAAAGACGGGUGGACCCGAGGUCAUUGAGAAACGCGAAAUCCCUUUCCCAAAAGUAGCCCCCAAUCAUUUGGUCGUAAAGGUCCAAUAUCUUGGUGUCAAUUUCAUCGACACCUAUUACAGGCAAGUGUCCAAACGUCUCAAGUGUCCCGAGGAACGUGCUCAAGUGUGUGACAGAGAAGGGGUAUAUUCACCCUCUGAAUUCCCAUUCGUGAUUGGGAGGGAAACCGGCGGCAUAGUUGUUGGACUGCCUACGGACGAGUUCGUCUUGAACAACCCGGACUACAAGAAACGUGGGUACAAAGAAGGUUCCCGGGUCGCAGUUGAUCAUCUGAGCACGCAUGCAGAAUAUAUUUCUGUACCUUGGGAAACGGUAUACGUGAUCCCCGAGUCGGUAUCAACAUUGACGGCCGUCUCAGCCCUCGAGCAAGGAUUGACGGCUAUUUCCUUCAUGGAAGAAGCAUACAACGUACAGAAGGAUGACAUCAUCCUCAUUCACACCGUGGCAGGUGGUCUUGGACUACUCAUGACGCAGCUCGCUAAGUCGCGAGGAGCGACCGUCAUAGGAACGACCUCAACACCAGAAAAGGCUGCCCUUGCGAAGGCUAACGGGGCGGACCACGUUAUCUUGUAUAAGAGUGAGGACACGGUUUCUCGUGUACUGGAACUUACAAAUGGGGAGGGCGUCCAUGCAAUCUUUGAUGGUGUGGGUAAAGACACGUUCGAGUCCGACUUUCUAAUGGUCAGGCGGAAAGGCACCCUUGUUUCAGUGGGUAAUGCUUCGGGAGCCGUUCCACCAUUCCCACCCAUAAAGCUCGCGCAAAAGAAUUUGAAACUUCUUCGGCCUAGGUAUUACAGCAUGGCCAACUACAUAGUUACCCUAGCAGAAGUGCUCUACUACGGAAAUACGCUGUUCUCCCUUCUCGCUAACGGCACCUUAAAGACACAGGUUUUCAAGGAAUAUCCAUUUACUGCAGAGGGGGUACAACAGGCGCAGAUCGACCUGACCGGUGGAAAAACUACAGGGAAACUCGUAGUCAAAGUCAGCGAUUGACGGUAUAUUUUACGUGUAUCAAGACAGUUAUCGCAGUGUAGCCUGCUUGUAUCAUUAUGAUGUAUAAGUAUUGAAGGAGUAGAUUUUGCUCAACAGAUAUGAUAUUGCCCACACACGAAAACCCGCUGGUUUAGGCGAUAGCAAUAAACCAUUGCA